AUGACAAUAACAAAUACAUCGAAUUCAUCAUCAAUCAUUAUUUCGAUUUCGAUUGGACUUUGUCUUAGUCUUAUUGCAUUCAUAACUGCAUUUGGAAAUAUAAUUGUACUUUUAGCUUUUUAUUGUGACAAGAAAUUACGAACAAUUAAUGAUUUUUUUAUAUUAAAUAUGGCAAUAGCCGAUUUUCUUGUUGGUUUUUUCUGUAUUCCAUUUUAUAUUCCAUUCAGUAUAACACAAUCAUGGCCAUUUGGGCGGCUUUUUUGUAAAAUAUGGGUUACAAUUGAUGAUGUUGCAACAAUGGCUAGUGUUAUUAAUAUAGUUGCGAUUACUAUUAAUCGUUAUUGGUCUAUAGCCUAUCCUAUAUCCUAUCGAAAAUAUGUGAAACAACAUUUUGUUUAUGUAGUCAUGGGCGCUGUAUGGUGUCUUUCUUUUAUUAAUUUUGCUCCGGGUAUUUGGUUAAUAAGUUUAUUUAAUAAUAAUCGUAAUAAUAUAACACAUAAUGAUUGUUCAGGUGAUUAUAAUCAUUCAUUUAUAUAUAUGUUAAUAGCACAAUUUAAUUAUUUUAUUUGGCCAUUUAUUGUUUUAUGUGUUCUUAAUAUGUUAAUAAUGUUAAAUAUAUGGAAACGAAGUCGAAAAAUGAAUCAUCGUAUGUCAUUUAGUCAAUCUAUAAAAAGUAAAGAACAAAAUAUUGGUUCAUCACCAUUAGUAAUAAGUAAAGAUACGGAAGAUGAUCAACAUUUGUCAAUAUUAUCUAAAAAUAAAAUAAAUUCAAUUGAACGUUGUCCAUCAAGAAUAGUUAAAGAAGAAAAUGAAAAUAUUGAUCAAUUUAUUUUUAUUCAAUUAUCUUCUCCAAAUAAAAAUCUUCCGGAUUUAUUUAAUCAAAAUAAUCAAUCAUCAAACAAUCGUCAUCAUACAAUUACAUAUUUAUCACCAAUUAUUCAAAAAAAAUCUUCUACUAUUAAAAAUUCAUCUGUAAAUUAUUGUCAUUAUAGAAAUAAAAAUGAUUUAAUAGAAACUUGUGAAUCAUCACCAAUGGUAUAUUCAUCAAGAAAAUGUGCAAAUGCUAAUUUUUCUCAUUCACAUAAUUAUCGUAGGGAUUCAUUUUUUGAAUCUCGAAUUGAAAGUGAAACUGAAGUAUCAAGACCGAUAAAAAAUCAAUUAAGUCCACCAAAUAAUAAUAAAUUUAAAAAAUAUCAUCGAUGUGAUUCAAAAAUUGUUCGAGAUCGUAAAGUAGCACGUUCAUUAUUUAUUCUUGUUUUUGUUUUUCUUAUAUUUUUAUUUCCAUAUGUUAUUUGUGCAAUAACUUCAACAGCUGGUGUAAAUAUAUCUAAAAUUAUAUUGGACAUAUCAUUUUGGCUUUUAUGGUUAAAUUCAACAUGUAAUCCAUUUCUUUAUCCAUUUAUACAAAUAAAAUAUCGACAUGCUUAUUUAAAAUUAUUUCAAUCUUGUUCAAAACAUUUGACAUUUUCACGAUCAAAUCAUUCUUUUUAA